AUUCCGCUUCCGGUUGGCCGGGCGCUUCAGCAAAGUUGUCGCUACCUUGGUCGCGAUGGGCAAGUCAGAUUUCCUUACCCCUAAGGCCAUCGCCAACAGGAUCAAAUCCAAGGGGCUUCAGAAGUUGCGCUGGUAUUGCCAGAUGUGCCAGAAGCAGUGCCGGGACGAGAAUGGCUUUAAGUGUCAUUGUAUGUCCGAAUCUCACCAGAGACAACUACUGUUGGCUUCAGAAAAUCCUCAGCAGUUUAUGGAUUACUUCUCUGAGGAAUUCCGAAAUGACUUUCUAGAACUUCUCAGGAGACGCUUUGGCACUAAGAGAGUCCACAACAACAUCGUGUACAAUGAGUAUAUCAGCCACCGGGAGCACAUCCACAUGAACGCCACCCAGUGGGAGACUCUGACUGAUUUUACCAAGUGGCUGGGCAGAGAAGGCUUGUGCAAGGUGGAUGAGACGCCGAAGGGCUGGUAUAUUCAGUAUAUCGACAGGGACCCAGAAACUAUCCGCCGGCAACUGGAGCUGGAGAAGAAGAAGAAGCAGGACCUUGAUGAUGAAGAGAAGACAGCCAAGUUUAUUGAAGAACAAGUGAGAAGAGGUCUGGAAGGGAAAGAACAGGAGGCUCCUGUUUUUACGGAAUUAAGCAGAGAAAAUGAUGAAGAAAAAGUUACAUUCAAUUUGAAUAAAGGAACAUGUAGUUCAGCAGCAACAUCAUCCAAAUCAAGCUCCUUGGGACCGAGCGCGUUGAAGAUAGUCGGGAAUGCGGCAUCAGCUAAGCGAAAAGAAUCUUCCCAGAGCACAGCUCGAUCAAAAGAAAAGAAAAAAAAGAAAUCCGCGCUCGAUGAAAUCAUGGAGAUCGAGGAGGAAAGGAAAAGAAGUACCCGAACAGACUAUUGGCUACAGCCUGAAAUCAUUGUGAAAAUUAUAACCAAAAAACUCGGAGAGAAAUAUCAUAAGAGAAAGGGUGUUGUUAAGGAAGUAAUUGACAAAUACACAGCUGUCGUCAAGAUGAUCGACUCCGGAGACAAGCUGAAACUUGACCAGACUCAUUUAGAAACAGUAAUUCCAGCACCAGGAAAAAGAAUUCUCGUUUUAAAUGGAGGCUACAGAGGAAAUGAAGGUACCUUAGAAUCCAUCAAUGAGAAGACUUUUUCAGCUACCAUAGUCAUUGAAACUGGCCCUUUAAAAGGACGCAGAGUCGAAGGAAUUCAAUAUGAAGACAUUUCUAAACUUGCCUGAGUUUGAAAAUUUGUUAACACAUUAAAAUCCUAAAGCAUCAAAUUGGUGUUCACCAAGGCAUUAUAAGACUCUACUGUGUUAGGGUGUUUCUUUUGUAUAAAGCAAAUGGAUUUAUUUAAAUAUUACUGUAUAGUUGUUCAGCUAAGCUUAUAGAAAAAUCGAAUUAUGUCUCAUGAAGUAUCAAAACAAUGUAAUUUUGUUUUUACUGGUUUGGUUUCCUUUGUAAUAUUGCCUUAAAGAUUUUUUAUCUUCAUUAAAAGAAUGUUAUCGUAAAGUGUUUUAUAUAAGACAAUUUAGAAUCGUGUAGAGCAAAUCCUUCAUAUACUCUAUAGUUGCAGUGGUAACGUUGAACUAUAAAUCUAAUUACACUUUAAAAAGUCAGACUAUAGAGUCUCAGCUUUAUUGAGAUAGAGUUCACGCACGGUAUCACGUACAGUUCGGUGGCUUUUAGUAUACGUACAGAGAUGUGCACCCAUCAUCACUAUUUACUCUUAGAGCAUUGUCAUCGCCGCAGAAGGAAACCUUGUGCCCGUGGUCUCUCCCUGUCCUCCCACUUUCCCCAGCCCCUGGCAACCACUAGUCUACUUUCGGUCUCGGGGACUUGCCCGUCCUGGACAUUUCAUAUCAGUGGAAUCGUAACAACAGGUGGUCUUUUUACGAGUCGCUUCUUCCGUGGAGCAUUGUGUUUGCAACGUGCACCCAUGUUGUAGCGUGUACCAGUGCUUCCCUCCUUUUUAUUGCUGAGCACCGUAUGGGUCCACCACAGCGUCAAAAUCCGUUUGUCAGUUGACGGACAUUCUGGUCGUGUCUGCUUUGGGGCUCUUAGGAGUAAUGCUGCUGUGAACGUUUGUGCGCACGAUGUUCUGUGGACACGUGUUCAUACGUUUUCAGUGCCUGGGAACGGAGCUGCAGAGCCUGACUGUAAGUCAUGGGAUGAUGUUUCUUUAUAUUUAAGAGAGAGAGAGAGAGAGACAGGGUGUGAGCAGGGGAGGGGCAGAGAGAGAGGGAGACACAGAAUCCGAAGCAGGCUCCACGCUGUAAGCUGUCAGCACAGAGCCCGAUGCUGGGCUCGAACUCACAAGCUGUGAAGUCAUGACCUGAGCCGAAGUCGGACGCUCAACCGACUGAGCACCCCCCGCCCCGCCCGGGGCACCCCUACCAUGUUUAACAUUCUGAGGAACUUCCAGCCUGUUCCAAAGUGACUGUACCAUUUUACAAUCCCAUCGACAGUGUUGAACUGUACAUUUUUAAAUAAUAGAUCAGUGUAUUAUUUAGGGAUGCAGAAGACAAGAAACUCAGCGAAUACUUAGGUUAUGUAAAAAAUAUACAUAUAUAUGUAUAUGUGUAUGUAUAUAUGUAUAUAUAUAUGGAUUUUUUUUUAAUAAAUAAAUUGAUGGCUCAUGCGACAGAAGGAGCAGAUCCGGGCUUGCAGUGGGGUCCAGGGUGCAAACAGCCUGGUCGGGCUUGGCUCCCGCGGCCCCGGCUUGGCCUGUGUCGGCCGUGCUCUCAGCCCCUCUCGACAGCAAGAUGACCGCCAGCGUCCCCGGCCUCCUGUCUCCCCCUUCUCCCCUGGUUCAGACAGAAGACUGGAACUGAGGCCGGGACAAAUCACUCCACGGGCAAGGGUUGGAAUAGUGAGAUGGGCCAGACCUGGGUGGUUCGCCAGCCCCUAGGCCGUCUCUCUCGGACUUAGCAUCAGGGAUUGCUGAUCAAUUCUGUCGUCAGAAGGCGGGAGGACCCGCCCGCGAACAGAACCGGAAGAUGACGGCAGCACGAGAUGCAGUAACGGGGCGAUGUCAGUAG